AUGGUAUACACGUUAGAAGACCAGCAUGAACUCGCACCACAGAAGAGAAUUUGGCAUCGAACGACGUUUUUCAAUGCAUGCGUAAUUGGAGGUGUCGGGUUCAUAGCCCCUGGUCUUUGGAAUGCGAUGAAUUCUCUUAGGGCAGGAGGAACCCAAGCACCAUAUCUUGUUAAUCCCGCCAAUGCACUUGUUUUUGGACUGAGUAUGAAUGGAAAAUCUUUUUCUCGUUUGUUACAUUGCUGAAAAAUCUAGUGGGGAUAUUCUGUUUACUUGGAGGGCCAAUCGCUAACCGAAUCGGUCUGAGUUAUACACUGCUUCUCGGUGCUGUUGGUUAUCCGAUUUACUCGUAAGACUCAUGGAAACUUCUUGACGAGACACUUUUGAAAGAGAAAAAGGCUAAUAGAGUUGACAGAGCUGGCUUAUAUGCAAAUAACAGAUAUGCAAGGAUUACCACACGCCCAAAGAAACAAACGAACGCUUACUGACCAAUGGCAGGGAAACGUUUGGCUUGUGUUGGUUGGUGCCGUCACUUGUGGUGUUUCGUAAGUUGUGAUACCUCCGUAUCACGAUGUUUGACUUAUCUGACGAAAUUUUCAGUGCUGGUCUUUUUUGGGCCUCAGAGGGCGCAGUCGCACUGGGCUACCCAGAAUCUUCGAAGAGAGGGAAAUAUUUGAAGCAAGGACCCGAUUCAAUCGCUAUUACAAUUGUGACUGACAAGAACUCAGCAUUUGGCUUGUGUUUCGAACCGGAGGUCCCAUAA